AUGCGUGCAGCCGGAUCUGUUCGGACUGGGUCCUCGAGUCCUAUCAUUCACAUCGAUCUGUCUCCUCAUGCUCUGUACCUUCAACACGCUGCACAUGUUCCUUUGGCUUCGGCUGCUGGUGACGAUGGAGACGGCAACGAUGAUACAGACAAAGCAGGGCUUCAACGACUUACUAAGGACAUGACGGAGGACAUAAAACCACCUAUACAUGAACCACAGAAUGUCAGCCCGAACGCUUCGGAAAACGGGAGCUUCGUCCAUAAAGAUGACCACAAUGCUCCACGAGUGACAGAGGAUCACACACUAGUCAUUUGUGAAGAGGUGCUGAAAAGACGCGAGAUCCUCCUCGACAUGUGCAGCACACGUGAAACUGAGAUAAACAGGAAGAGAGCUGAAGCAUGGGACGAAGUACAUAUGGCGACUAUGAACCGCUGUCAGCGAAAUCUGCGCCUGGAGCAGAUCAAAAGAGUAUGGCGGCAUCAGAAGAAUCGAGUGCGACAUAUACUCAACCUGGAAAAACUCACAUCAGAUGUUGAAGUGACCCUUGAAGAUGUCAUUGCUGCCAGGAAAGGUUUUAUGACUGACUACGAGAUUGCUAUCGCUCGUGCAUACCUCGAUGUACCUCCACGAUCUCACUCACCUGGCAGUAGACGCCUCGAGGAACUUGACCUCUCAUUUAGGAAACGUGCCGCUGCUUCUCCCAGCCUUCGCAUAGACGACUCAGUGUCAAGCGUACUGGAUCGGAUCGCUGCUGAAUGCGCUGAAGCGCAAACUCAUUGUCACACAGAUUCACAAUAUAGUCCAUUACCACCCGUCAAAUCAGAAUUAUCUUCACAACAACAUGGGAUGCAGAAUUACCAAGAAUGCAGUAAUAUCCUUAAUAUUCACCGUCUUCUUUCAUCCAUGGGACCCAACUCUUCAACGCAUGAAAAAUCGUCUUCGAAGCAUGAUAAUAUCGACAGCGACGACUCUUCUUGCACAUCUGAACAGACCAGACCAGUUAAAAGAAAAAAGUCGAGCCGUCGCAGAGCAUCCAUUUUGGAGGAACAAUUUGAGAUGAUUAAGGCUCAACGCAUCGCCUUCGAGGAACAGGCUCGAAUGUAUCAGUCGAUGAGGUCCUUCAUUGAAGAAUCGACACGUACAAUCCGUGACUUAGCGGGACGAGUGAACACCGAUCGAUCAUCAGCUGUGGACUCCUCCCCGAGUGAAAGUAACUUAGAGUUCACUCCAAAUAAUCACGUUUAG